AAUUCAUUAACUACCUAUCUACCUAGUUAAACCCAGUCGCAUCCCACUUCCCACUUCCCAUUUCCCAUUCGAACCUUGGCUUACCUUGGCUUGUGGCACAGAGCUGUGGCAGCGGCGCGGCGAAGACGAAGGAACCCGUACCUGAGAAAAAGGUAUUACCGGACUAUCGAAUUUAUCCGCUGUACGAAGUACCUAGGUUAAUCUAGUAUUUUAUUUUAGAUCCACAUGCAAUUCACGGAUCCACUGCUGUACCUACCUGUAUGUACCUACCUAUGUAAACCCCGCCAACAGCCAGGUUCAAUUUCGGGGUCCAGGAUAGAUAUCUGCCCCACGCUUCGUCAUUCAACAUCAUUUAACAUCAUUUCGAAGAAUCAUUAGUUCCUGUCUAUAAGUACGAUUGGGACAUACUCCCUAGGUACAUAGGUAGACACUACGAGGUUACAAUAUACGGCUACCACCUCCUUACUUCCGUGAUCAUUAAAAAACUAUCCCAAAGACAUGGUUCGCCACAAGAAAGACAAAUUCUCAUCUCGAGGUGGAAAAGGUCAUGGAAACGCCCGGCCUCGACCGCGCACUACCGAAGAGGAUUCCGAACAGGGUACAGAUUCUUCUAAGCCUGCCUUUAAAGCUGCGUGUUGGGAUUUGAAUCAUUGCGAUCCGAAGCGAUGCUCAGGGAAGAAGCUCAUACGACUCGGCCUCAUGCGAGACCUUCACCUAGGCCAAAGACACAACGGUGUCAUUAUCACGCCUAACGGGAAGCACAAGCUCUCUCCGGCCGACAAGGAGCUAAUGGAUCUGUACGGUGCCGCGGUAGUUGAGUGCUCCUGGGCGCGAACGCAGGAAGUUCAAUGGAACAAAGUUGGCGGCAAAUGCGAGCGACUACUGCCGUACUUGGUCGCUGCAAAUACCGUCAAUUAUGGAAAGCCUCUGCGGUUGAACUGCGUAGAGGCUCUGGCUGCUUCGUUCUACAUAUGUGGACAUCCCGAUUGGGCAGAGGAGGUUCUACGGCCAUUCAACUACGGCGAAUCUUUCCUAGCUAUCAACUCGAAGGUACUGAAGAAAUAUGCGGCUUGCGCAGACGAGGACGAGAUUGUGAAGACUGAGAAGGAAUGGAUGGAAAGAUUAGAGCGGGAGCACGCCGAAAGCAGAGAAAAUGCCGACGACGACGAUUUAUGGAAAGGCGGCAACGUUAAUCGGCGUAUUAUCGUUGACUCGGACGACGAAGAGGAAGAGGAAGAGGAAGACGAUGAUGACGAGGAGGAAGGUGAAGACGGAGAUAAUAAUAGUGUCGAUGGGAUCUAUCUAGGUAAGAAGCCGACUCAAUGGCCAAAACUAGGGAAAGGCGCAAAAGAUCAGCAAGGAAGAGGGGCCAGCAGGGACCCGUUCGAUAUUUCAGACGACACCGACGACGACGCCGAAAUGGAGGAGAUUCGACGCAAGGUGCUCGCGUCAAAGCCGUUCGCCAAUGCAGAUGAGACGGACCGAAAGCCGAAGCCGCAGGCGAUUCCGCCCCCGCUCCAACAGCAAAGAUAUAAAGUCGACUCCGAUGCAGAACCAGACUCGGAUAACGGAUCGGACAACGAGGGGGAUGAUGCUUUCGAUAAUAUUAUCGACGCCACACCCGUCACGGACAGGACAGGGCUGGCGAGACUUGAGAAGGAGAGAUCGAGAGCGAAUGUUAUGAGUCGGACGUUUUCGUCGGGUACUGCAGAGGCACCGAAGAGAUGGUGAUCGGAUAACUAUGAAUAAAUGAAGUGUAUCUGGUUAUUCCGUCACUCAUAUUAAAGCUUCUCGGCUAAUACUGGUGCUAUGGGGUCUCUUUUUCAAGAUGUGUUCCCGAUAUCCGCGUAGGUCUUAGUAUGCUAGUACGGGAAUAGUCCUGCCGUAGAUAACACCGUAACUUUAUGGUGAUGUGCUCUUUGGAAGGUAAGUAAUCGAGUGCAGUUGAG